UCCUCUCCAGUCAGAGCAAACAGACCGACAGACACCAGCCUCCAUCAACAUGACCUCCUUCUCCAGCAGCAGCUUCCGAUCUUCCUCCGGAUCCGCCAUGGGCUCCUCUCGUCUCUCCAUGUCUGGUGGGGGCGAAGGCCGCAUCAGCAUUGGGGGCAUGAGGGCCGGCAGCGUGUACGGAGGUGCCGGUGGCUCCGGGGUGCGCAUCUCCAGCUCCAGCUCUUCCUUCUCUGCGGGGGGUGGAGGUGGUUAUGGCAUGGGUGGAGGAGCUAGCUUCGGGGCUGGUGGCGGCGGCGGUGGCUUCGCCAUGAUGGCCUUACAGAGUGGGGUUAUCGGCAACGAGAAGUUCAACAUGCAGAACCUGAACGACCGUCUGGCCACCUACCUGAUCAAGGUCCGCACCCUGGAGAAGGCCAACGCUGAGCUGGAGCUGAAGAUUCGUCAGUUCUUGGACAGCAAGCUGCAGCUCUCCACUCACGACUUCAGCGGGUUCCAUGUCACAAUCAAAGACAUCCAACUCAAGUUCGCAGACACCGUCCGCAUCAAUGGUCUUGUCCACCUGGGCAUGGACAAUGCUCGUCUUGCACUGGAAGACUUCAAGUUGAAGUAUGAGAACGAGAUGGCCAUGAGAAUGUCUGUGGAGGCCGACAUCACUGGGCUGAGACGACUUCUGGAAGAUCUGACCAUGUCUACAAAGGACCUCAGCUUGCAGGUCGGAGGGCUGCAGGAGGAGCUAGUUUACCUGAAGAAGAACCACGAUGAGGAGCUUCUGAUCCUCAGGUCCAACAUGGGAGGUCAGCUGACUGUGGAGGUGGACGCGGCGCCACAGGAGGACCUGAUGAAGGUCAUGGCUGAGGUCAGGCAACACUACGAGGCCGUCGCUGUCAAGAACCAGAAGGACCUGGAGUGCUGGUUCCAUGCCAAGACAGAAGGUCUGAACAAAGAAGUGAUUUCUCAAACCACCAUCCUGCAAACUUCCAGGUCAGAGGUCUCUGAGGUCAAAAGCACUCUGCAGGCUCUUCAGAUCGAGCUGCAAGCCAUGAUCAGUAUGAAAGCGUCUCUGGAGGGCACCCUGGCUGAGACCCAGAGCCGCUACUCCAUGCAGCUGUCCGGGUUCCAGAUGCAGGUGAGCAGCCUGGAGGCACAGCUGGGUGGGCUCCGAGCCGACCUGGAGCGACAGGGCCAGGAGUACAGGAUGCUGCUGGACAUCAAGACCAGGCUGGAGCUGGAGAUCGCAGAGUACAGGAGACUCCUGGACGGGGAGGCUAGCAGUUCCUGCUCAACAAGCCGAACCAAGACGAUCACCGUGGUGGAGGAAGUGGUGGAUGGUAGGGUGGUGUCCUCCUCCUCCUCAUCCGCUUUGUCUUCCUCGCACAUUCACCUCUGAGCCCGUGUGUACCAACAAGCGGCUCCAACCCUGCCCCCAUGGAUCUCUUCAUGUUCACCCCUCUCUGGA